UUUUGGAAGGGCUAUUGAGCAAAAGGGUUUUUUCACAGAGUAGGGCAUGGAAGAGGCGGGGAUGCAACUGUGCGCGGCGGCCAUAGUUGGCGACGUGGAGAAGGUGAAGGAACUGAUGGACGCCGGAGCUGACGUGUCCUACUUCGACGGCGACGGUCUUACGCCUCUUAUGCACGCCGCCAAGCUCGGACAUGCUCCGGUGGUCGCGGCUCUUCUCGAGGCCGGUGCGCCGUGGAACGCUCUCUCUCCGUCGAAUCUCUCCGCUGGAGACUUCGCCAUGGAUUCCAGCCACCAGGAAGCCUUCGAGAUCCUUCUCAAUGCUGGAAUUCAGGCUGAGUUGAUUCUAGGCACAAUAGCUCGAAAGGAAAACAAGAGUGAUCACUCUAAUGGUGAUUAUUUGGAAGAUAGGGUUAGUUUCAGUGAGGAUAAGCUAAUGGAUGCCGAGAGCAAGGGCGUAAUGAUGGCAUGGGAGAAGCCUUUGAUGGAAGCUCACGCAAAAGCCGUUUGCUCGGGAGGUGGUCACGUUUUAAACGUCGGGUUUGGGAUGGGACUCGUGGACACAGCCAUUCAACAGUAUAAACCAACCUCACAUACAAUAAUCGAGGCUCACCCCGAGGUCUACAAGCGUAUGCUUCAAACUGGUUGGGGCGAGAAGGAAAAUGUCAAGAUAAUAUUUGGACGGUGGCAAGAUGUUCUUCCUCAGCUCGAAUCUUACGAUGGCGUAUUCUUUGACACUUAUGGGGAAUAUUACGAAGACCUUAGGGAGUUUCAUCAACAUCUCCCCAAGUUACUGAAGCCGGGAGGGAUCUAUUCAUUCUUCAACGGUCUCUGUGGAAGUAACGCCUUCUUCCACGUUGUUUAUUGCCAUUUGGUGUCGUUAGAACUCGAGAAUCUCGGGUAUAGCACCCAAUUGAUUCCUCUACCGGUUAAGGAUUGCCUUGGAGAAGAAGUGUGGGAAGGUGUGAGACAAAAGUAUUGGCAGCUGGAUACUUACUACCUCCCUGUUUGCCAGUCCCUCCAUGACUCGUCCGAGUAAGUGUUCCCUUCUGAGUUCACCUGAGUUUAGUGUUUUGUCUUAAAGAGACCUGCUGUAUUCCUACAUGUUGGUUCCAUUCAACAAAAGAUCGAUUUGGAUCUAUA